GUGAGAAAAACAAAAGAAUGACUAUUUAGAAUGCCAUGAUCAAUAGAAAGUUUCACAAAAGAAAACUUCAGUCAUCCGAAAUUAUGGUGAGCAUUGUUGACAUAACCAAACAGUUUCAUUUUACACGCGCGCUGUGAUAAGUUAAGUCGACUGGCGCUAGCGCACGAUUGGCCGUGGGUGCUCCAAAGGUCAUCUUAAUUUUUGCAAGAGGUGUGUAACGCAAUCGUCAGUGUUCACUUUACUUACACAAUGACGUGUACGGUUCCCCUUCAAACUGUAGCAGUUCUCUGCCUUAUCUCCUCGACAAAUGGAUUUUGGGUUUGGAACAGACCAACGGAACGUCCCUCAAAUGAGAUAACAACACCAGUCAUAAUCGUGCCUGGAACCGGUGGAAGCCAACUGCAAGCCAAGCUUAAUAAACCUAGCACUCUUCAUUGGUAUUGUUCCAAAACAACCGAUGACUACUUCACUUUAUGGCUCAAGAAGACUUCGCUAUUACCUUAUGCCAUAGACUGUUGGGUGGAUAAUAUGAGACUUGUGUACGAUGAAAGCACCAAGACCAUGAAGAACGCACCGGGCGUGGAAACAAGAGUUCCCGGAUUUGGUGACACCAGUACAAUCGAAUACUUGGACACUAGCGGACUGAUAAAGUAUUUUGCACCAAUGGUAGAGACCCUGGUCUCUUGGGGAUACCAGCGUGGAGAGACUGUCAGAGCAGCUCCGUAUGACUUCCGUUAUGGGCCUGAAUCCCAGUCAGAAUAUUUUUCAAAACUGAAGACAUUGAUCGAGGAUACCUACUCAGCAAAUGGCAACAAGAAGAUAACUUUAAUGAGUCAUAGCUUAGGAUGUCCUUACAGUUUGGUUUUCCUGAACAAACAAACGAAAGACUGGAAAGACAAAUAUAUUCUACAAUGGAUAACUCUGUCUGGAGUGUGGGGCGGGACUGUAGAGCAAGUUAGCCUGUUUUCUUCUGGAAACACGUUAGGGAUCCCGAAAAUCCUCGUAAACCCGCUGAAAGUCAGGGGCGAACAGCGCACUGACACAAGCAAAGUUUAUCUACUCCCGAGCCGAGAAUUAUGGUCAGCGGAUGAAGUCUUGGCAAGAACACCAGAGCGUACGUACACUGUUCACGACUACGACGAUUUCUUCCGAGAUAUUGGCUUCCCGCUCGGAAUAAAAAUACGAAAGUUGGUCGAAAACAUGACCUAUCCGUUAACAGAGCAUUCUCCCCAAGUAACCGUACACUGUAUGCAUGGAGCUGGCGUAAAUACGGCAGAAGGCUACCAGUUCAAAGAAGGAGAGUUCCCGGAUACUCCGCCAGCCGUUACCUAUGGUGACGGAGAUGGAACAGUGAACAUACGCAGUUUAGAGGCCUGCAGUAAGUGGAGCCAGCGGCAGCCGAAAAAUGUUACCCUGAAAACAUAUCCAGGAGUGAAUCAUAACGGACUGUUGAGCGACGAGAACGUGCAGAAUUAUAUUAAGUCUCUUUUGUUUUGAUUGCAAACUGUGAAUUUCAAACCGAUCCAAUCACGUUUUGUACAACUUGAAAUUAAGCAGUUUGUCUGUUAUUUUCCAUUUUGAUCGUCAAAGUUGUUGUUUUUUUCUUUCUUUUCUUUCUUUUUGUCACUUAUUUUCCUUUUGUGUUUUCAAGAAAAUCUUGGUGCGAUGUUUUCCCACAAUGACCAUUAACCAAUGACUUUCUUUAAAACUUUAACUUAUGUGUGUAACCAAGAUACCCCUGCUGAAUUAAACAUUAGACUUAUGACAAUGAAGGAAAUGAUCGCGAACUUGAAAAGCUCUAAAUUUUUCACAAAAUUUCUCCUGUCAUUGCCAUAGAAAAUGUAUAGAUAACAGUCUAGAGAAUAUACACUCUGAUGUUAAGGUGUAAAGGUUUGGGAAUGCUAAUUAUUUGGUUUAUAUUUUUUUAAGAACCAUGGACUAACAUCUAUUCAUAACUGAGAUGGAUUUGAAACGUCUUCAUCAGUUGGUAGUCUCUGACAAAGGCUGUUAGUUAUGUUUUGUUAGUUAUGGCAAUUUUACGUCUCAAAACAAUUGUUACAGAACGAUUAUUAUGUAAGAAAGCAAAGCUGCCGAAAAGAUUUGCUGCUCUCAAUAAGCAGUUUCGUCUCUGAAAGCAAAACUUGGCACGCUUUGUCAUCGAAACAAAGCAAAAGCUGUUCAAAAUUGUCUUUUACCAGUCUUGUUCAUUGUGCGGCAUUUCAAAGGAACACGAAAAAUAAUACAAAUGCUUCAACAGCUGAUUAUGAGAAAUUCCAAAUUAAUGUUUUUUAUAUCCAAAUAAA